CCAGGAGGAGGCGGCGCAAGGCCUAAGUUCGGCGUGGGUAUGCCAGGGUUGAUCCCUCAACCGAAGGCGACGGCAAGUCUUGCGAUAGGUCCUAGUGCGUCUGGGAGUUCACCGAGUACAGGUAGUGGUCAGGUGGUACGCCCUGCGGUUCCGCGAGAGGCGACUAGCUUCCUCAGUCUAGUGCGACAUCGGCCGACCAAGUACGAAGCCGAUCAAUUUCAGUUGAACGUGAAAAUCACGUACCUGAACAAGACAGUGAAGCACACGUUUUCGCGGUCGAAAGUUAAGGAAGAUCAAAUAUCUGAAGAUCAAACUAUCUGAAGGUCGAUCGGGAAGAUCAAAUAUCUGAGAAGAUGAAACUACUACAGUUUAGGUCAACUUGUUGGUGAGAGAAAAAGACGACCUCUUCUACUUCUUCUAACUGGCGCGUAAACGACCAAGUCGCCACCCUGUGCGACAUGCGAGACGUCCCCUUCGACGAAGAUGCCAGCUACCAGAUUCUACUGCGCUCAAACCCGAAGCAUCUCCAGAAGUACGCCAUUGGCGAAGACGAUUUUGCCAAACUCGAGGACGGCCAAGAGGUCCGACUCGUUGGCGGCAGUGACUUCGUCAACACGACGUUACAAAAGAUUGCUGAACUAUCUACUUCUUAAGGCUUGAGGAAAUACAUCUUCACAGGCAUCUUGGUCCCGUUUUUCACUGGAAAAGGGGACGGAAGAUUCUGCGGGGGAUGGAUUUCUGCAAGUUCUAAACUUCCGAGAAGGUGGGCCAAGGCAGUGCGGACGAGCUGCUGCGGUGGGCGGACAGUCUGUUGAAGAAUUGCAGCGUUAUCGGACCGAUCGGCGAAUGGUUCGCGUCGGAAGUGAUAUCGUUCAAGGGGAUCGGGAUUCUUUUUGCAGCUUUGCUGAACGUCCAAAGAAGCGAAAACACCGGUUUGAUGGAAAAGAUUGUCGGAGUUUUCAUCGGCAUACUGACGGUACCUUUACUUUACCUUCUGUUCUCCUUCUUCGCUAUUCGCCACUUAAGUUAGAUAUCCAACACAUCAUAUGAAUGUGGCAAAGAAGGCAGUAUUAUUUUGGUACGAACAAGUACCUCUUCCGUUCUUGACCUAAUAAAGGCUACAGAAUCAUUCAAAAAAAAUCAUCCGUUCUUGACCUAAUAAAGGCUACAGAAUCAAAAAUGAAUCUCCAGAUCCUUCUUCAAUUCGAAGCUGGUAUUGUUUGGACGGAGAAGGAGAUGGUUCUCGACGUGGAUCUCCUAGAGGCGAUCGCAUGUGUGCUCUUCGGAAAGAUGCCAGGUAAAGCGGCUUCUUUAGUAAGUACUGGCGCAGACAGAAACGACCGACGGGAUGCAGGGUAUGCAUUGAACACAAGGAAACUGGCAUCUGCGUUUUUGUGCACCAUCCUACAGCAAUUCCAUAAGGACGUGCCGCUGCAAUUGCACCGAGCCUUGAUGCGGCAACCAGAUACCUCGACUUUGAGCUAUUAUUAUGGCCAUGAUAUUAUAUGGAUGACAAGGACUUGUUUCUUUCAGUUACUGCCGAAGAUUAUCCAUUGAUGAAGGGCUGCGUCUCAAGGGACGACUGAGCCAGCUAUGAAUGUAAAUGCUUAUAAAUAUGUUGUCAAGUGGAAUAUUCUGUUUUUUUGACUAUCUAAGGAAGGUUGACAAGCUUUCUUAUAGAAAUACAUCGUCUAGCGGCCGCAAAACCUCUGAUGGACGUACGCCACAACUUCUUCUACCACCCCACUCUAAGCUCCUCAGCUGAUGACCGAACUGAAAGCAGACGAUCCGCUUUACAAUCUAGUGCUAGUUGUAUAUCUUUUCCUCGUGGACCAGGAGGAUAUUCGACAGCAGGUUUUCCGCUAUUUCGAUGCAGAAUUGAGCGGCUCUGCUGCGACCAAGUGGAAAAAGCGUGGUAAUGCUCCUGAUAAGAGCAAGAAGAUGCUAGUAGAAGACAGCCUGCUGAGUUCGCUUGCCACCGCGUGUGCCGACAACGAGCGACUGGAACUUUCAGGCGGGACACCAGGAGGUGGAGGCCAUUCUCUGGCGACAGGGAGUGAAUCGGUGGACAAUCUGAAAGCAACGCUGAGGAAAAUGGACGAUAGAAGGAGGAAAGUGGAAGCGGAUUUGAGGAGGAUGCACCAGGCGAUGUGCAAGAUGGUGGAAUUGGUGGACGUGGAAAAUGCGUUGGUGAAUCAGAGUUUGCGUGCGAUCGUUCGCUACGGCUGGGACAGCAUUCACUGGCAAAAGGGGUACACCUGCUUGCACUUUGCCGCCGAAUGCAUGGAUGCGCCAAACGUCGUAGAGCUGUUGGCCUUGCUUGCGAAGGACAUGAACGAGCGCGAUGCAACUGGGAAGAGGCCAUUGGACUACGCGCGGAAGGAGAAGAAACAAGCAAACGUGGACGUGUUGGAGAAGAUGCGAAACCAAUUCUAUCGUCAACAACAGGCGGAAAGGGCGAUUAAGAAGAAGCGGGACGUCGACUACGCGAAGCAGGUUGAGAUCCCCGAGAAUCUGACACCCACUCUACGUGCAGGAAUUGAAGCCGUAUUGCAGAUGGGGUGGAGGAGAAUCAAGUGGCCCAAUGGCUUCUCAGCGCUACAUCUAGCUGCGCAGUGCGGGAAUUUGGAGGUGAUCAAAAUUCUCUUAGAACAAGUAGAACAUGUCUCGGACGACUGGCAAGCGAAAGACAAAUUGGGCAACACAGCACUUGACUACGCCGUUUCCAGCAAGCACGAGGGUGUUGCGGAGUACCUGCGCAACUACGACCCAGUUACGAUGGGUCCUACCGCUGCCGUCGAUGACGAAGCAAUGUCGCUGUCCCCGGGACCUUUGCCGCAAAGAGCUGAGAUGGACCUAGCGGAUGCGGGCAAACGAAGGUUGCCGGACUUGGCACAGGUCAGCGGAGCUAGCGGAGGCUUGCCUCAAGCCAUGACAAGGCUUCUACCUACCAGAGUGCCCGAUAGCGUGACGGAUGAGGCUCUGCGGAAAUUACUCGAGGAUAUCUUGUCAAAGGGGUACGGCGGGGUUUCGCGUAUGAUCUUCGACAAGGACAAGACACCAUUGCACGGCGCUUGCGAACGUGGGGAUCUGCCAGUAGCGAAAUUCUUAGUCCAACUCGGUGCAGAUCCGUACAAGAAAGAUCAGAGUGGAAAAACCGCGAUCAAAUACGCUGAAGAUGCUGGCUUCAAGGAACUUGCAGAGACGAUAAAGCGAGAGUGGAAAACCAUGGCUGAGUCCUUGAACAGCGCGUCGGACUCGGCGUCGUUGAUUGCGCAGAUCUACGCCUUGAACAAGGCUUUGACGGAGUCCCACGACGCUUUAGAAGAACUCUCUGGUCAGCGAGAUGCUAUGGAAACGCUAGCUGGGGACAAACUGCAACUAGAACAGCGGGUGUUUUUCUUACAGGAGUGGAUUAAUGGGAAGAGGUUGGAUGAGAUUGGUGCUCUGCAUGAUGAGCAGAUGGAGACCUACGGGAAGCAACUGGAGCUAGUGGGUGUCCACAAGCUUCGAGCCAAAUUGAUGGAGAACAAGAUGCAAGGAGGUUUAAAUCUCGCUCUUCACGACGCCGCUUUGGGAGUCGAAAAGCUCUUGUUCGCCGGAGGCAAGGGAGCGGCAGCGGGCAUCCGGCAGAACAUCCUAGAUGCAGAGGGCUUCAUCAAGAUCGUAGGCGGACACAUGACUCCACGUGGAGGAGGCGGUGCGGCGGGACCGGAGCCAGCUUCUCCUGGCGGGAAACCUGGGAAACCGGCAGCAAAAGGAGCACCUCCGAAGGGCGCUACUGCGCCAAAAGGCGGCGCACCACCGGGAAAAGGAGCACCAGGACCUCCUGGCAAAGCAGGCGCCGCUCCACCUGGCAAGUUAAGGCUCAAGAAUAUUUAUUGAAUAGAUUUCUACAGCCUAUCGCAAUCCUUUAAUAUUUAUUCAUUUCUACACCAGCUUAUCGCAAUCCUUGUUUUCCUUCUCAUGAUCCUAAGAAAUGAGUUGAGCUUUGAAAUGAAAUACUUUGAGCUCUAAGCAACGGUGCAGCAGCCCCGGGAAAAGGCGCUGCGCCAGCGAAGGGAGCGCCGAAGGGAGCCAAGGGAGCAGCUGGGGGAGCGAAAGGCAAAGGCAAAAAAGGAAAGGAGACGGGUCCAGGAGGGGUGAAAAUCUUUAUCGACCCGAAUCUGCGGAUGCCAGGAAUAAUUCCACCGAAACCAAUGAAACCGUUGUGGUGGAAUCGUUUGGUACUUCUCUUCUUGCGUUUUUUCGUAAGAACUACAUCAAUAGGUGGUACUGUGCUAUACUAAACAAGUGCUGAGAAUGUGAAUGCUACAUUAACUACAAUUUUUUUAUGCAUGAGACUUAGAUUGAUCUUGUUUGACGUUCAUCUAUGACAUAAUGGACAGUAGCGGCUGCGUCUGCAGCAAUUGCCUUCAUCAUGUAUGAAAGAAAGUCAAGCAUUCUCGUACUGCUGCAACACAUACACACAAUCCUUUUUUUUUUUAUCCAGAUCAUCGGCAAGCAGAUCAAGGAAGAAGCGACCGUGUGGGACAUCGUGGAGAACUAUGCACCCACUCUACUGGCAGAGGAUAGUGCUACCACCAACGAGUUUGUAGAGCGGUUCUCUAAGGCCAAGGGCGCAGGAGGCGACGGCGAGGAAAAAGAGGUGAAGAAAAAAGAGUUGAGAGAGCUGAUCGUGAUCACAGACAGCAACAAAGCUGUUGCGAAACAAAAACUCUGCAAGGGGUUGCCGAGUCCUGAGAUCCUCUGCGCGGCUAUAUUGGAAUUCGACGACACGGUGAUCGAUAAAGACAUGCUGGAGGGCAUAAAACUUCAUUGUAUUCCAGACGCAGGGGAGCUAGCGGCCAUGGAAAAACUGCGUGCAGAACAUCCUGAUGUACCGUGGGCUCUGCCGGAGAAGUAUUUGUGGGCAGUGGGGCACAUCCCAGUAUACGAACAACGGAUUUUAUGACAAACAAAUAGUCAAAUAAUUUUUUCCGUUAUUUUGCGUCGCGGCUGGUCGAUAUCGGUACUAGACCUUAAUAAAGAUGAAACACAUCUUUUGUCUUUCUAAUUACCUAUAUCUGGGUUUUUUUCCAUGAUCCAACUAUAUUUGGGUCAUUUCAUUUUUCAAAAAUUCGAUUACAUUCUUGUAUACCUCCCUCGAUAACUUCUAGUUGUACGACCGUCCUUUCUGUCUCUCUCCUUUCAUACCUGCAGUGCUGGCAUUUCACUCGGAACUACGAAGAACGGCUACUCGACUACGAGGCAGCCUAUGCCGACUUCACGAAAGUGGUGGAUGCUCUAGAAACGGCUUCGGCUUUGCAGUCGUUGUUAGGUGUGGCACUGGCGGCUGGAAACUAUCUAAACGGCAACACGAAUCGUGGUCAGGCUGACGGAUUCGAUCUCUCUGGCCUUCCGAUGUUUUCCACCAUCAAGGAUAAUUUGGACGACAAGAUACGGGUAUUGUUUUUUUGUUUAUGAAUACCAAAAGAUCACUUACCACCUGGGUUUACAACUUUCUAUAUAUAGUUUAUGUUGAUCCAUCAACACUAUUACAGACCAGAAUUUGGAUGACAAGGUACGGGUCGUAAUAUUGUUUUUGUAGGGUACUGUUAAUUCGGGCUUACUACACGACAGCGUCAUUAUCGUAAGUACAACAAAAAACAACAGAAACAUUACGAUCUUAACAUCAAUCACCUAUUCCCACCACACAACCAGGUUACGGACUGGAUUUUCCGUAUGUUCCUCAAGGACUCGCCUCUCUUUGUGAAGGCGCGCAAAGAUAUAAUGGUGCAGCUAGCACCAGUGUUUAAGAAUGUCAAGCGGCGUGUAGGAAAGAACAAGGAUGGCGUCGUGAGCAUGACAAAACAAGUGAAGUACGCCAAUGAAGAGUUCGAUGGUAUGGUUAGAGCUUUGAAAGAGGAAUUCGACGGGCACAAUGGGAAUUUGCAAAUGAUUCUGGGAUUCUUCGAGGAUCCGACGGAUCCGAUCAGGACGGUAAGAAUAGACUUGAUUGUCUUCCUCUGUCUUUCCAUCUUCGCUUUCUCCAUCCUUUCUGAGUCCUUAUAUAUGAUAAAUAGUAAAUCGAAAUGGAUCUUCUCUACUCAUCCACGCUCUUCUAUACACCUCCUUCCACAACUUCUUUCUCGCUCUCUAAUAUAUCCAGGUUUUAGUCCCAGAGUUUGAGGCUGUGGACAAGCGCAUCAAGGCUUUAUUGCAAGUCCAGGCAGAUGCCCAGAACAAAAUGGCAUCUAUCCAAGACAAGUUCAAUCUGGGAAAAAUGAUGUCAACAGAGUUGCUCCUACUCUUAGAUGACUUCCUGAUUCCUCCAGAUUUGAUCGUCAACAAGCCCGAAGACGUUCAGAAGAAAGUCUUUAUCUUAUGGCUCUGCUUUCCAUUUCCUCUCUAAGGGCUCUAAAAACCCAUUUCUAUAUUUGAACUAGUGUUGUAGUUAACGACCCACACACGACUACGGUCAUUAUGAACGAUGAUAACAGGGACAAUUGCAUGCAUGCACACACUACUUUUUCCUCGUUUCUACAUAAUUUAAAUUUUACCUCUAACCUCCCCUCUCUUCUGUGGUCUCGCUGCUCCUACUUUCGAUGCGAUGAUGUUCCUGUGGGGCCUAGAAGAUCCUAUGGCAGCCUUGUUGGAGGAACAAAAGAGGGGAGCUAGAAGGCCUAAGCGUGGUGCGCGGGCACAGAAUAGACGUGGUAAACGUGUUGGCGCAGCUGCAGCUGAUCCUGAUGACAGCAGUGAAGAUGAAGAAGCAGAAGCCGCUGAAGCAGCACCACCAGGAGAACCAGCUGCUCCGGCAAGGAGUUCAGGGAGUUAGUUGUACGUUAAUUGUAGUUCUUGUUGGUCAUUUACCAACGUGCUUCUGCUAAUGAAUACUUAGACUUUUUCAGUCUGACUUGUUGUACAACUGUUUGUUUCUACACGACUUCUUCGUAGCGAAAUGAAUCCUUUUGUUUCUCCUGUAUCAACAUCGAAGAUGCUUCCUCCUGUGGAUGAAGAAAUUCGCGAAUUUUCACAGCAAAACAUACGAACCUUCGUAGGAGUUGUACCCUUCUCCUUCCCUUGACACUGUACCUUUUCCCAUCCCAUAUGCGCGCCAAAAUUUUGCAUUUUGAACAUCGCCGUACAAGAAGAUUGUUGCGUUUUGAACAGCGCCGUGGUUGUUCUAACGUCAGAUGUAGCCAAGAAAGCGAG